GGCGGGGCGGGCAGGCCCGGCCCAGCAGCUGGGCGGCGCAACUCACCUCUGCUCCCGGCCUGCGGAGCCAGAGUGGCCAGGAUCCCUCGUAGUUCCGACGCGGAGAUCCGCACACGCUCCAACCCCUCCGCCAUCUUCGCGGCGGCUGCUACAGCUGCGGCGACUCGGCCACCGCCGCGCGCAGCCAGGAAACCACGACGGACGGGCGGCGCGCGCUCACCCACUCCCACCCUUUUCCCCGCCCCCUCCUGCCUGCCCUCCCCAAACGACGGUGGCCUCACUGGGAGCAAAAGCAUUCCGCACGUUCAACUAGGGCCUGGCGCCCGAUCAGGCCGCGGAGACGACACGUGCGCGUGCGCAGAGGGGUAAAGCUGGGAAGGAACGCUGAGGCUCGGAGGUGGAGACGUCGCGGUCAGGAGGUGAGUAUUUCCUAAAUGACCUUACACCCUUUGCCACACUGGUCCUGGGCCAAGAUGGGCCAAUCAAAGUCCUUACCCAGAAUUUUUUGAACUGAAAUUGAGAGAAAAAUCCCUCUUCAGUAUGGAAGCCAUAAAAUGUAAAACACAGGAGCUGUCAGCAGCCAUGUGUCCUGCCAUACGAAGCCAGCUGGUCUGCUGUGAGAAGGAAGCCAACGUGCCAGAGGCAGCAGAGAACCAUGUGUGCUCAGUACUGCAUCUCCUUUGCUGACGUUGAAAAAGCUCAUAUCAACAUUCAAGACUCUGUCCACCUCACCCCAGUGCUAACAAGCUCCAUUUUGAAUCAAAUAGCAGGACGCAAUCUCUUUUUCAAAUGUGAACUCUUCCAGAAAACUGGGUCUUUUAAGAUUCGAGGUGCCCUUAAUGCCAUCAGAGGCUUAAUUCCUGACAGUCUAGAAGGGAAGCCCAAAGCAGUUGUUACUCACAGCAGUGGAAACCAUGGCCAGGCUCUCACCUACGCUGCUAAACUCGAAGGAAUUCCUGCUUACAUUGUGGUUCCCCAAACAGCUCCCAACUGCAAGAAACUGGCAAUCCAAGCCUAUGGAGCAUCGAUAGUAUACAGUGAACCGAGUGAUGAGUCCAGAGAAAAGGUCACUCAAAGACUUAUGCAAGAAACACAAGGCGUCUUGGUCCAUCCCAACCAGGAGCCUGCAGUGAUAGCUGGACAAGGAACAAUUGCCCUGGAAGUACUCAACCAGGUUCCCUUGGUAGAUGCACUGGUGGUACCAGUAGGAGGAGGAGGCAUGGUUGCCGGAAUAGCUGUUACAAUUAAGGCCCUGAAACCUGGUGUGAAGGUAUACGCUGCUGAACCCUUGAAUGCAGAUGACUGCUACCAGUCUAAACUGAAAGGAGAACUGACCCCCAAUCCUCAUCCUCCAGAAACCAUAGCAGAUGGUGUCAAAUCCAGCAUUGGCUUAAAUACCUGGCCUAUCAUAAGGGACCUUGUGGAUGACGUCUUCACUGUCACAGAAGAUGAAAUCAAGUAUGCAACCCAGCUGGUGUGGGAAAGAAUGAAAUUGCUCAUUGAGCCUACUGCUGGUGUUGGAUUGGCUGCAGUGCUGUCUCAGCAUUUCCAAACAGUCUCUCCAGAAGUAAAGAACAUCUGUAUUGUACUCAGUGGUGGGAACGUAGACUUAGCCUCCCUAAACUGGGUGAAGCAGGCUGAACGGCCAGCUCCUUACCAGACGGUUUCUCUUUAAAUUCAGGGAUGAGAUACGAUUGUCUCUAGAUGAAAAAUUUUGUUUUCCAUCUUCCUUUUUAAAACUAUUUUCAAAAUCCUAAUCAAGAAAGUAUAAGUAAUAAGUGUAAUUCUGUGCUUAGCAGAGACAUGGACAACUGAAAUACAAAGCACAAACUGCCUAGUCAUAACCCAGACUCCAACACCGGAGUUUUGGCUGCAGUCUACUUACUGCAAAUAAAAUUAUUCCAUGUCUACUUCAGACACUGUUGAAGAGAUGUCACUUUUAACCCAAGGUACUGGUUCUGGUACAAAUGGGUCAUAAGUCCAUUUGGGAAAUACUCGCUUAUAGAGAUUCAUUAAUACUGUAUCCUGAGAUUUUAGUUUCCCAUCAAAACUGCACUUCAUAUGGCCAUGGGUACCUAGAAGGAAAACACGUGAUUGGUCAAAGUAAAGUGGACACUCCUAAGCAGUGAACUUACUAGUCCAGAGAACACCUAAGAACCCCAGGCUCUUACCUACAGGCUCUUUGAUGUGUCCCCGGCGGCCCCACUUGGUUCUCAGUUCCACAGGCUUAAACCACAUCACAUCCUCUUAGAAUGGAACACAGACAUAAAGUCAAACAUUUACCCACACAGCAUCAAGGCCAUCUUCCCACCACUCUCCUUCAUUCACACCUACCUCUAUUGAAGAACAUGUAACGCACUACUGCCAUCUUAGUAAAAAUUUUAAAAGGAUGACCGCUUAGAACCACUCUCUUUAUGACCAUUCUGUCUGGAUCCACUGAAAACAGAUGGCCUGUAGCAAUGAGGCUGUGCAUUCCUAAGAAAGGAGAGCAGCUGUUAAUGUAUGGGACAACUCCUUCAGCUCUGUUCUACUUUAAGGACCCAUCCAUCUACUAUGCUACUUUCCUGAGGCUAUAGGAAAAACACUAAAAGACAUUUCUAAUGAGCCCGUCCCUCACACCCACCUUACAUAUAUUGUUUAGCAUGUACUGAAAUGUGCCAACAGGUAACAACUGAUGUUAUCAUCCUGGGCUUACUCCCGCAAUGAGGCUGAAACUAGUAUUUAAAACAAAACACCAGUAUUCCUUAAUACAGCAAGACCCCAUGUCUAAGAAGAGUUAUGGUGCUGGUGAGUACUUGUAUGCUCAGUAUUUAUAUUCCAAAUCCAACAUACCAUUUCUUCUCUGCUUGAAGAGCAGCACAGAUGCAGGAGGGAAUGUGAUUGGCGCAAACACUGUCACCACUAAGGCUGCAUCAGCAGUCAGGAAUCUUUGAAAUUUAUGUUUAUCAGCUUCCAUAAUAAGUAAACAGAAAGAAAAGUAAAAGGCCUUGUGUGAAACCAUAAGCAAUGCAGUGUCAAAAGGUGUACUGUUGUCACACGGAGCCCCACCCUUUAAAAUGUUGGUACUGGAGAUCAAACCCAGGGCUGUGUACACACUAGGUGCUCUGCCCUAGGACCUACAGCAUAUCCUCAAUAUUUAUAGUUUUUUAUGCAUAUGUAUCUGAGUGCAGGUGCCUCUAAGUUGACCAAUGUGGAUCCUGGGAAUCCAAUCUGGGUCCUCUACAAGCUACUGUCUGCUUUGUUUUGAGAGGAGUUUGUGUAUUGCAUGCUGGCUUUGAACUUGCUGGGUACAUUCUGACAUCAAGGGCUAAAGUUACCAGUCCAUGUUCUGUUUCUCUAUACUACUAAUUCUUGAGCUUUUUCCUGUGUCAGUGAGCAUGGCUUUGAGAUGACUGCUUCUGUGCUAGGUGUAGGAGAGUAAGCUAGUAGGAAAACUGUUCCCCUUACUUUCUCAAAAUAAUAAAAGCUUUUUAAUACA